UGUCCCUAUCGGUUAGAUUGUCCCUGUCCCUUGAAUGUAUUCAGGUUCUAGUCACCUGAGCAAAGAAACAAAUGCCUCGGUUUCAAUCGGGGUAAUCUAAAUUACCUCUCUGCUUGUCCCUGUCCCUAUCGGUUUGAUUGUCCCUGACCCUACUGUCACUGUCCCUUGAAAGCAUAUGGGUUCCUAGUCACCUGAGCAAAGAAACAAAUGCCUCGGUUUGGCUGAGGUAACUUAAAUUAACUCUCAUCUUGUCCCUUGAAUGUAUUCAGGUUCUAGUCACCUGAGCAAAGAAACAAAUGCCUCGGUUUCAAUCGGGGUAAUCUAAAUUACCUCUCUGCUUGUCCCUGUCCCUAUCGGUUUGAUUGUUCAUGUCCCUACUGUCCCUGUCCCUUGAAUGCAUAUUGGUUCCUAGUCACCUGAGCAAAGAAACAAAUGCCUCGGUUUCAGUCGAGGUAAUCUAAAUUACCUCUCUGCUUGUCCCUGUCCCUAUCGGUUUGAUUGUUCAUGUCCCUACUGUCCCUGUCCCUUGAAUGCAUAUUGGUUCCUAGUCACCUGAGCAAAGAAACAAAUGCCUCGGUUUGGCUGAGGUAAUUAAAUUACCUCUCAGCUUGUCCUUGUCCCUUGAAUGUAUUCAAGUUCCUAGUCACCUAAGCAAAGAAACAAAUGCCUCGGUUUGGCUGAGGUAAUUAAAUUACCUCUCAGCUUGUCCUUGUCCCUUGAAUGUAUUCAAGUUCCUAGUCACCUAAGCAAAGAAACAAAUGCCUCGGUUUGGCUGAGGUAAUUUAAAUUACCUCUCAGCUUGUCCCUGUCCCUAUCCGUAUGAUUGUCCCUUGAAUGUAUUCAGGUUCCUAGUCACCUGAGCAAAGAAACAAAUGCCUCGGUUUGGCUGAGGUAAUUUAAAUUACCUCUCAGCUUGUCUCUGUCCCUUGAAUGCAUACGGGUUUCUCGUCACCUGAGCAAAGAAAACAAAUGCCUCGGUUUGGCUUUGUCCCUGUCCCUAUCGGUUUGGUUGUCCCUGUCUCUAUAAUGCAUUCAGCUUCCUAGUCACCUGAGCAAAGAAACAAAUGCCUCGGUAAGGUUGAGGUAACCUAAAUUACCUCGCUGAUUGUCCCUGUCCCUAGAAUGCAUAUAUUAUUCGGGUUGCUAGUCACCUGAUGCUAAAAGCAAAUGCCUCGGUUGUUGAGGUAAUCUAAAUGACCUCUCUGAUUGUCCCUGGCCGUGAUCUCAGCAAAUGAAGCAGUCCCAAAUCUUUAAACUGCCUGGGUUGCACAAGUAUGACAUCUAUGUAGCAUGCAUGAUCACGCUUACAUUUAAAUUGAGGUAUGUGGAUUUCUUGAUAUUCUACGUCCGAAAAUCAGUUGUUCUCGGGUUUCUGAAGAUCGUCAUAAGAGUUUCAGGUUAUUCUUUAGCUCCCUUUGCGGUUUGCAUGCAGUUCUCGGGGUUUUUGUCUGUUUUCUUUGUUCUCGGGUUUCUGAAGAUUGUCAUAAGAGUUUCAGGUUAUUCUUUAGCUCCCUUCGCAGUUUGCAUGCAGUUCUCAGAGUUUUUGUCUGUUUUCUGUAAGUGUAGCCGUGUUACCAUCUAGAUGACUAUGUGACAGGAAUUUUACUUUUGAAGAUCGUAUAGCUGGUUGGGGUUGUCAUUUCUAUUUUGAUUAAUUUAUAUAUGAUGUUUACAUUGUUAAAAGAGCAAACUAUUUUUUCUCUAAAUAGUGUGGAAUGAUUACUACAAUGAGUGUUUUGUCUGUGUAGGUUCAUAUUUGAUUCUUAGGGAAGCUUAUAUCUGAAAUCUCUUUUGCAUUUGUAAGCUAUGGUUGUUGGUUGUCUUGUUAUUGUUGUAUACUCUUGUUUGUUUGGGUUUCCCCAGUGAUGAAAUGCCUACAGUUGUUUGUCUUGGUAGGAUCUUGUUUCCUGUAUACAACUUACAUAUAUUUAAUUGUGACAACCAAGCUUGAUUAGAAUUUAUACAUGCCGUGUGAGUGUUACUAUAGUUUGUUUUUGCAUUUGUAUACCCUUGUUUGGAAGCUUAUAUCUGAAAUCUCUUUUGCAUUUGUAAGCUGUGGUUGUUGGUUGUCUUGUUAUUGUUGUAUACCCUUGUUUGUUUGGGUUUCCCCAAUGAUGAAAUGUCUACAAUUGUUUAUUUUGGUAGGAUCUUGUUUCCUGUAUACAACUUACAUAUAUUUAAUUGUUACAACCAAGCUUGAUUAUUCAUUUAUUUACAUGCCGUGUGAGUGUUACUAUAGUUUUUUUUUUGUGUGUUUUCUUUAAGUGUAGUAGUGUUACCGUGUAGGUGACUAUGUGAUAAUUCAGUUUAUUGGGGAAGAUCGUAUAGCUGGUUGUACUUGACAUUUUCAUUUUGAUUAAAUUAUAUUUGGUGUACACAUUGUUGAAAAAGCAAACUAUGUCUUCGCUGACUAGUGUAGAAUGAUUAGUACAAUAAGUGUUGUCUGUGUUCGUUCAUUCAUAUUUCAUUCUUAGAGAAGCUUAUGUCUGAAAUCUGUCAGGCUUUUCUUGAUGUGAUCCAUUUGUCUUGUGGAAAGAUAGGAAGUUGUGUGCAGCGAGAAAGCUAUGCUUGUUUGGAUUUAGAGUGCAUUGUCUCACUGUGAUUCUUUAUUCCAAUUUAAAAUAUUGGGUUACCCUUUGCAGCAUAUAAUUAAUGAAACAAUCUUGCUGUGAGUUACUUUCUCGGUUUUUGUCUCUAUGGAAUUGUAUUGUGUGGUCCUUCUCUUUUGCAUUAUCAGCUGUUUUGGUUGUCUUCUUGUUAUUGUUGUAUGCCCUUGUUUGUUUGGGAUUUUCCAGUGAUGAAAAUGUCUACAGUUCGGCUGUUUUUGUUCAUUUUUCUUAUCCUAGUUAUGUUUGUUUUAAUGAUAUUGUGUGCUAUUAUGAUCUGAUAGAUAAAUCGAGUUUGAUGAAGGAUCGUUUAUAACUUUAAGAAUAUAACAACCUCCUCCCCCACCUCUCUCUCUUGCUGUAAGUGUGAACCACUAUAAAUAACUGAUAUGCACAAAUGAACCCUAGAGCUACUCUCUCAAAUUAAAAGGUCAAUGCAGUACUUAGGGGUCGAAUUCCACAGAGA